GGGGUAUAGUCACAUGGACUUUAAUCCUAGAGAUUCAUAAAUAUUAUAUUAUAUUUUAUGAAUGUUUUAAUAUGCAAAUUAUUGCAUGUCAAAACAUUGCAUAUUUUAAACAGCAUUUCCUUGGACCUGUGUUCGCGAACCAUCAUAUCUGGGACAUUUUAAAGUAAUUUUGAUCAAAACCAGAUAUAUUUAAUAUUUUCUGUAAACAUUAGCUGUUAAAGUUAUUACUAAUUGGGAGUAAAAUUAUACCUCUAAAAUCUGCAAUAAUUUAACAAAUAAAAAAAUUCAUAAAAAACUUAAAUAUGAAAGUUUUUUUAGCACCAUUGGAGGUAACAAACAUUUUCACAUUUGUUCCUUACGCUGAAAUAAUGAAAUUUAUGUGGUCUCUGUUUGCCAUCAAAUAUUUUACAACUGUUAAAUAAAUUUGCAUGCUUUUGGAUAUGUCUGUAGAAAACAACAAAAGAUGUCUGACUCGAAGCAUUCUUCACCAAACAUAUUACUAACUGGCACCCCAGGUACUGGGAAGUCAACAUUAGCAGCUGAAUUGGCACAAAAGACUGGUUUGAAUUAUAUUAAUGUUGGUGACUUAGCAAAGAAGGAACAAUUAUUUGAAGGAUGGGAUGAUAAAUAUAAUUGUCAUGUGUUAGAUGAAGAUGGAGUUAUUGAUGAACUUGAAAAUAAAAUGAGUGAAGGUGGAAACAUUGUUGAUUAUCAUGGUUGUGACUUCUUUCCGGAGCGUUGGUUUGAUAUUGUAUUUGUGUUACGAACUAAUAAUACUCUUUUAUAUGAAAGACUGGAAACUCGAGGCUAUUCUGUAGACAAAAUUAAGGAAAAUGUAGAAUGUGAGAUAUUUCAAACUCUUUUAGAAGAAGCUAGACAGAGUUAUGAUGUGAAUAUUGUUCAUGAAAUUCAAAGUAAUACACCAGAUGACAUGGAGCAAAAUUUGGAACAAAUAGUUCAAUGGAUACAGACAUGGAAAAAAUAAGAAAAAUAUUUUGAUAAAAGUUUUUCUAUAAA